UUGGAAUGUGCGGUGAGUUGGAGAAAUCUAGCCCGAGUACACGAACAUGUGAAAAAGUUCGAUGUCGAAAAGAUUUAAACAACAGCCAUAUAUGUGCUACUUUGAGGUGUGCUUUCCUGAUUUUGGCUGUGCUAAAGAGCCUCAAAGUUCUUGCGGCAACGCGUUGAACCUUUUCUCUGAAGCAUUGAGCUCCAUCCCUCGGCGUCGCGGCCCGCCGCAGAACAUCCCAGCCGACUUCGGGCGACAGGCGAACCCGAACCGCCCCGACCCGCUCACCGAUUUGGAUCUGCCCGCGUAAACCGGGACAAACGGGUCGAAGCACUUGCUGCUCCUCCCUUGGGUGAAGGGCCGAGGUGGGAAGUUUCAACACAAGAGGUCACCGCCGAGCCACCGAAGAUGACAAAACUCCGUGUUAUGGCGUCGUCGGCGUUUACAGAUGUCCUCCAUUACAUCCUGCUUAUUCGUUAUCCUCACCUGCGGGCGAGAGGCGGGCUGCACCCCGAACUGGUCCCCAGCCAAUCGCGGGGCACAAGUAAACAAAACGAGCAUUCACGCGGAGAGUCCUCAAUGAACCGAGCAGGGCUUCACUUCCCCCCCCCAAUCUGCGUCCUGUAUUUCUCUCGCUUUUGCGGCGGCGGAUUUGCUUCUCCACAUUCAAUAUGGCGGCGACGUUCACGUACGGUUCCGGGUCAAGGCGCGGUCUAUGUCAAUUUGGAUGUCUACGGAGCGUGUGGCCGUGACGAGGAAGUCGCUACUGACAGCGACUGCGCUCCAGACUACACUAGUAGCCUCCGCGGAGUCCACUAGUACCCCGGUACACUAGUGGUGGCGAGCCGCUUUCCUCGGCUCCACACGGCCGUCAGCCCGUCGUCGCGGGGACUGCGCUCCUUGGGGCGCAGGGGGCCGCGGAUGGAGCGGGCCGCCGCGGUACGCUGACACCGCAAGCCCGCUGAAGCCUGGCACGAUGGACACGGAGCCGGCUGGCGCGAGCCAAUCGGAACACGGACCGGCCUCCUCCGAUUCGUCUUCCUCGUCGGCCGCGGGCGCGCCCGCGCCGCCCCGCCUCACGCCCAACCCCAUGCUGCUGCAGGACUCGCCGGCGCCGACCGUCACCUCCUCCCCGCCCCCCCCGCUCACCCCCGCGCCCUCCCUCUCUGCACCCAAAAUGGCGGCGGUGAGGACUUCCUUCCCUCUCGUCCCCGCGCCCCCGAAACUGACCGCCACGGCAAGCCCCGCCCUUCGCACGUACGCGCGGCCCAUCCUGCCCUGCGCCGCCAAGACCGCCACGCACGCCUCCGCCGCUUCCUCUUCUGCAGAAAACUCAUCUUCCUCGUCGUCAACGGCCACCUCGUCAACCGAGACCUCCGCCGCGCUGACCAACGGGAGCGUGAGGACCGUUUCCACGGUGACCUCCAACACCCUCACGCCCUUCCACACGCCCGCCAGUCCGCCCGCAAGACAGGCCCCCGCAGCCCCGCCCGCCGGGCCGCCGCGAGCCGAUCCCGGCCCCCCCGCCGCCCUCGUCGCCAGGCGCGGCGCUCCCCAGCGGGCCUCGCUCCUGGGGGGAGGUCUCAAAGGGUCCGGACAGGAGCAGGUGCUGCUCAGAGCUCAGAUGCUGAUCCUCACGUCGGCCGUGCGGGCCGGCCCUUCCUCCUCUUCCUCCUCUCUUGACCCCGCCUCCGCUCAGCUCCGUAGCGGGACGCCGAGGCCGGCCGGCGCCCUCGCCGCCCCCUCUCUGCGUCUGAAGGGCCCGCCUCCGCUCAGUCGCCCGCAAACGCCGCUCUUCCCUCCUCUGAGGCCGCGCCCCCGGCCGGAGACCGCGACCGCGACCGUGCCCGGCCGCCGCCCGUCGGCGCCGCCCCCCCCGACGCUCUACUCGCCGGUCCGAGCCGUCCCCCUGCGGCCCAAACUUCAUUCGGCCGCGGCCUCCCGGGCGCCCGCGCUCGGCGUCCUCCCCGCCGCCGUCCCGCCGCCCUCCGCCUCGUCAUCGGAGACGCCGCCGUCCGCCUCCGGGCGGCUCCGAAUCGUCGCCCUGUCUUCAGCCCGCCCGCCGCCGUCUCUCGCCCGAACCCCUGCGGCCGCGCCGCCGACUCUGAGCGGACAGGGAGCGCUUCCCCUUCCUCGGAGCGCCGCGUCGCCUCCCCGCCGGAAUCCACCGAACGCGAAGGAGAGCGACGCGCCGUGGGGAGGCUUCGCGGAAGACGCAGACGCCGCUCCGAACGACCCGAGACGCCAGGACGCGGACGAGAUGGAGGCGGACGAGGACGACGGCCGGGAAGACGAGCGAGCGCGAACGGACGAGAGUCGCGGCGGCUCGGCGCCCGGGGGCCGGGAGCGCGCCACGGAGCUGCGAGAGGAAGGAGAAGACGCCGCCGAGGCGCCGUCGGCCGGCGGACGGUCGCAGAUGUCGCCGACGCUCGAGGACGCCCGACCCCGAUCGCGGGUCGCCGCCGAGGCUCCGCUUCCGGAAGCGGACCCCGUCCGGCGUUCGCCUCCGGAACUUUCCUCCCACGCCGUCGGGCUGCCAGAACUUCCCGGAGAGAUGGCGGCCUCGCGGGACAUCAUCGACGAGAACGCGUCCGCUCGGUCCGACAACCAAUCGGCGUCGUCCAGCCUGUCGUCGCAGUCUCCGCCCUCGUCUCCGUCGGCGGAUCCCGCCUCCCGCGCCGCCCGGCCGCUCGACCUCAGCCGAUCGCGGCCGGCCGCGGAAACACCCACGGGGGGCGCGCCGCCCGUCGGGCAAACGGAAGACGAGCCGCCCGAGAGGCGGGCGGCGGACGGACCGUGGGAUGCGAGGGCGUGGCCGGAAGGCGGGGACGUCCUGACGCACGUCGUGGAAGGUUUCGUCAUACAGGAAGGACUGCAACCGUUUCCUGUGAACCGCUCGUCGCUGCUUCUGCUCCCUCGGCCGUCGCCGCCGCAGGAAGCCAACGGGAGCGACCGCAAGACGGCCGAGACGGCGACGGAACAUUCGGAGCAUUCUACGGACUCGCAAGAGGACGACGGCCACAAAGACGCGCAGCGGCACGGAACGCGCGGUUGCCAGCGCGAUCGAGCCGUUCUCCACUGCCAGUUCUGCGGCAAGCGAGGCCACGCCCACAACUUCAUGCGCUCCAAGCGUUUCUGCUCGACUUCCUGCGCUCGCGGGUUCAACGUGCGCCUGACGAAGCGUCUGCGAGCGCUGAGCGCCGGCGGCCGCGCGGAGAGGCCGCGACCCGCCCUCAACAGGGCGCAGUCCGUGCCCGGGAAGCCGCUCCUGCUAAGACUGCCUCGAGAUCUCUGGAGCGCCGGACGCCGAGAGGACGACGGCAAGGUUGAGGCGGCGGAGCAAAAAGAGGGAGAGGAGGAGGAAGAGGACAUGGAGGCAGGAGGAGAGGAGGAAGACCAGGAGGACGAAGAGGAGGGGGGACCGGCGGUCGCCCUGACGACCGGGACGGAGAGUCCGGCGUCAGUAACCACGGUGACCGCGUCCACGCCCACAAGCACCUUUAAGGCCGAACCGUCGCAGUGGACUGUGGACGACGUCACGGCCUUCAUACACGCGCUGCCAGUUAUCAAACAGCAAUAAUUUUGCUUCUGAGGGGAAAACACCAAAACUGACCGUCAACACCGCUGGAACUGUGGUGAGGCAGCCAUUUUGCAUUCUUUCAAUUGCAGACAGCAAAAGAAAUGUUAUUUCUCGGAUAUGAAUGAAUGUCUUAUGAAUUUGGGAAAGGGUGGGAACUAUUGCACGUCUGUACCGCUAUUCCGAUUGUAUAAAGACGAGCGCGUCAUGGCUUCCAUGAGUCGUUGGGCUUAUUUCUGCACUCGUAUCUGCAGAAUUUGAAGGGCGACGUGCAAAUUGCGCAACUCCCUACGUUGUUAGCAAGCUGUUUGCCUUUUUUUUGCCAGAAGGAGUUUCAACUCCCACCUGCGGCAGAACUUUGCUCACGUUCCGGGAGAGGCGGGGGACAUCGAGUCCGAGCCGACCGCGCCUCCGUCGACGAGGCGGCCGACCGGCGCUGCGGCCGUAAGGCGGUCGGCGCCGGUCGCGGCGGCGAUCCCCGAACGGCGAGGGGUGCCGUCGAGCCGAAGGAGGAGUCCUACGGGACUCCCGAGGCGGCCGAUGGGUACCGGCCGGCCGAGCGGAAUGCAGCUUUGGCGGUCGCUGAAGCAAAAAGUCGGGCACGGGAGGAGUUCGGUGAGUCCACGGAGAACGACUUCCGGACGGCUUCGAGGAAAUUCUGGUCCGCCGUCUCAGGAGGGGGAAGCGGUGCUCCGUCAACACUGCGUACAGCGGGGACGGGGCGCCGCCGACCUCGACUCGGGACGUUGUGAGUCGGCGGGGAGAAUACUUCGAAGACCUCCUCGGUUCCGCCGACACGCCUUCCCGUGAGGAAGCAGAGUCGGGGUUCUCUGAGGCGGGCUCUCCUACCUCUGGGGUCGAGGUCAGCGAGGUGGUUAAAAAGCUCCUCGGUGGAUGAGCUUCGCCCGGAGUUCCAAAAGGGUCUGGAUGUUGCGGGGCCGUCCCGGUUGACACGCCUCUGCAACGUCGCGUGGACAUCGGGGACAGUGCCUCUGGAUUGGCAGACUCGGGUGGUGGGCCCCGUUUUUCAGAAAGGGGACCGGAGGGUGUGUCAAAUCCGAGACCGCGGUCCUCAGUCGGAAAAAGGCGGCGUGCCCGCUCCGGGUCGGGGAUGAGAUCCUGCCCCGAGUGGAGGAGUUCAAGUAUCUCGGGGUCUCGUUCACGAGCGAGGGAAGAACGGAACGGGAGAUCGACAGGCGGAUCGGCGCGGCGUCCGGAAGCGACGCGGACUUCGUAUCGGUCCGCUGUGGUGAAGAAGGAGCUGAGCCGAAAGGCGAAGCGCUCGAUUGACCGGUCGAGCUACGUUCCUACCCUCGCCUGUGGUCACGAGCCGCGGGUCGUGACCCAAAGAACGAGACCCCGGAUACGAGCGCCCGAAAUGAGUUUCUUCCGCAGGGUGUCCGGGCUCUCCCUUAGAGGGAGGGCGAGACGCUCGGUCGUCCGGGAGGAUGUCAGAGUAGAGCCGUUGCUCCUCCGAGUACGGGAGGAGCCAGAUGAGGCGGCCGGGGCAUCCGAUUCCGUGUUCCGGGCACGUCCCAACGGGAGGAGACCCCGGGGACGACCCGACUACGUCUUUCGGCUACGCCUCGGGAUUCCCCCCCGGAAGAGCUGGACGAAGUGGCUGGGGAGAGGGAAGUCUGGGCGUCCCCGCUGAGGCUGCCGACCCCGUGACCCGACCUCGGAUAAGCGGAAGACGAUGGAUGGAUGUUUAUGUCUUUAUGGUUAUAAAAGGAAGUGUGUUUGAAUGGGCCGCCGCCCAGUCAGGAUUGCCUUUGACAAUUUGAAAUGUUUUGAACAUGGCGCUUACAGCGUGGGAGCUCCUUACACACAGAAAAAUUGCCAAAUAGAAUCUUAUUUUUUUCUUGCGUGAUUAGCGCAAGUAUAUAAAAAUGACCCAUAUGUACUUGCGCACACACACGCACAUAAAUACAUUCACAAAACAAACCGUAUACGAUGUUGACGUGCAUCGAGUACGGGCACAGUGUUUGCUUGUUUGUUCAUUUUAGGCUGCGGCGAGGUUUCGUCGGCUUUCCGUCUUCAGGAGAUCGACGGCCAAGCGUUGCUGCUGCUGACCGAAGAACAUCUGAUGAGCAGCAUGAA